AUGGCUGGCUCGAGUCAUUCGUGGCCUAACAGCCAAGAUGAUUAUGAACUGCUGGAAGUAAUAGGAGUGGGCGCCACCGCCGUGGUGCACGCCGCCUACUGCGCCCCCAGGGGCGAAAAAUGUGCUAUAAAGAGAAUCAACCUAGAGAAGUGGAACACUUCCAUGGAUGAACUCCUCAAAGAGAUUCAGGCUAUGUCCAGCUGUAACCACGAGAAUGUGGUCACGUACUACACGAGCUUCGUCGUCAAAGAAGAGCUGUGGCUCGUUCUCAGACUGUUAGAGGGGGGCAGUCUCCUGGACAUCAUCAAACAUAAGAUGAGGGUCUCCAAUUGCAAGCACGGCGUGUUCGACGAAGCUACCAUCGCCACGGUGUUGAAGGAAGUCCUCAAAGGACUCGAGUAUUUCCACCAGAAUGGACAGAUUCAUAGGGAUAUCAAGGCUGGAAAUAUCCUGCUCGGGGACGAUGGUAUCGUUCAGAUUGCCGAUUUCGGAGUGUCCGCGUGGCUCGCCACGGGUCGAGAUCUCUCACGGCAGAAGGUUCGGCACACGUUCGUCGGCACUCCUUGCUGGAUGGCACCCGAGGUCAUGGAACAAAACCACGGCUAUGACUUCAAAGCAGACAUUUGGUCUUUCGGCAUCACCGCUAUAGAAAUGGCGACCGGCACGGCUCCCUACCACAAGUACCCCCCAAUGAAGGUGCUGAUGCUAACGCUACAGAACGACCCGCCCACGUUAGACACCGGCGCCGAAGAGAAAGACCAGUACAAAGCCUACGGGAAAACAUUCAGGAAAAUGAUAUCGGAGUGUCUCCAGAAAGAUCCCACGAAAAGGCCGUCCUCGACCGAGUUGUUAAAACACUCGUUCUUCAAGAAGGCGAAGGAUCGCAAGUACCUCGUGCAGACCUUGGUGUCGAUCGGGCCCAGUAUGGAGACUCGGGUGCACAAGGCGAGCAAGCGGCAGCCGGGCACCUCGGGCCGGCUGCAUCGCAUGGAAGAUGGGGAGUGGGUGUGGGAGAGCGAUGAAGAUGACGAGGAAGAGGAGGGCGCCGCAGACAGGCCUAUGAAUCAGUUGCUGAGGGCGGAGUCUUCAGAGAGCGAGAGCGAGGAGGAGCCCCGCGCCGGGUUCACGAUCGGUUCCAUCGACGCCGAGGACGCGCCGCAGAUCAACUUAGUGCUACGCAUGCGGAACGCUAAGAAGGAAUUAAACGAUAUUCGGUUCGAGUUCGCGCCGGGAAGGGAUUCCGCGGACGGCAUCGCUACGGAGCUGGUGGGCGCGGGGCUGGUUGAGGCGAAGGACUCGCAGGCUAUCGCACACAACCUGCAGCGGCUGGUGGACGCGCACAUCUUCCCGUCGGGGGCGAGCCCCGCGCCGCGCUCGCGCACGUUCCGCCUGGAGUCGCCCGCGCCGGCGGAGGAGGCCGACGAGACCGGCCUCGUGGGCUUCGCGCAGAUCUCCAUCGUCGACUAGUCGCCGAUAUCACGGACAAUAAUAUUACUAGAACCGGCUCCUAGCCGCUAUUUUAAUCUGUAGUAUAAAAUAAUAGGGUUGGCUAAUAUUUAUCGCCGCGUACUAGCAUCGCGUGCAAACUGAAACGAUCCAUUGCACGCGUAAUAGUGUUAAAUACACAGUUCCUCAUUAUUUAUAACAAAAUGUAUAAAAAAUAUACAAAAAACAAUUUGUAAUCUUUCAUAUGAUCUUGAUUCUUCCUUCAGAUAUAUUUUCUUCGUUCUUUUCUUGAUCUUUCAAACUAAAUAAAAAAUUAAUUGUAAUAUAUGCAAACAACUUUUUUGCAAAUUAAUUAUCAUGUGCACGUCCAAAUGUUACGUUUUCUUAGCUUUUAGAAUGCGAUGCAAUUAUAAAGUGAUAAAUGUGAACCGACUCCUACACGCUAUUAUUAUGUUACGUUUAGGUACAUACCUAUAUAUUUUAUGGGUGGAUAUGGAAUUUUCUUAGUUUUAUCAUUUCAUAAGCUCAAGUGGAUGUAUAAUUUUACAUGACGAUUCAGCCUAAUCUGAAUUUCUAUAUAUUUUUUUAUAUAUUACCGUCGCGUUUAUUCCCUGCUUCACUUAUUCGGACACUGAAAUUCGCCCAGCGGCUCCCCCGUAUAGAGCAUAUCAAAUAAGUCUUAUGUCCUGGUAAUAGUUGCUAUGAAUUUAAGUUAUUUAGAAUGCUAAGUAAAAUACGUAAUACAUAGGGCUAUAGGAUUAUGAUUUUGGUACGGGAAACAAGUACAUGCCAUCGCAAGUAAGGUAAUAUAAAAGUCAAUAAAACUUCGGGUUUAAGGUCAUUACGCCAAUUGACACCUGGCCGCAGAACGACCGCAGCCAACAGAAGGUCCAUGGGUUCACAUCCUUUCGAAACACAUGGAUUGACAUAAUAGUCUUCCUGUAACGCUCGAAGCUAAGCGGUGUUAGUCUUGUACUCAGUGGGUCUAAUGCGCAAUGACCUUAAAAUGGUUUGUCAAAUGAGCAUGCUAUCUCGCUUUCUCGAAAUAUCGCAUAGACUAGCGAUACUGAAAUGCUCAUUUGACAGAUCAUCUUUUUGGAAAUUAAUAUAGCUGUCAUUUCUUUCAUAUUGCUAUGCUGCUCACCGUUCGAUUAAUAUCAUUUGUGCGAACAGGACGGCAAUAUGCAAGCGAGCGAUACGAUGCAGUUGACACCUUACUUGGCAGUACUAUGAAGUAUAGAUCCGCUGAUCGAAUUAUAUCGAUAAGUAUGUCGGCGUUGGGUCGCGUGGUUUGACGUUACUAAAAUGUUUACUAUGUUACGAUAACGCACAGAGAACAAAUCGGCACGCACAGUUAUUUCGUAUAAUUCUUUAUAACAUUCACAAUCUUAUUAAAGAGACAUGAUGUGAAAUCCAAAGCUAACAUUUCCUCAGAAGGCGAUCGAAAGGAAUUUAAAAAUGGAAGUGAAAAACAGCGAUUGAAAAACGAGAAACCUCGUGUGUAUGUUUAAACCCUUCACGAAUAUGACCAAUCAAAGGGCAACAUUAUUGCCUGAUUGGUCGAUUCCGUGAGGCCGAUCAUGUUUCUGUGCUUCGCCGACAUGAGUGCCAUAAAGACGCCGACCACACUACAGUGUCGUAGCAGAUGACCCACAAAUUAUACUUUUAUGUUGUUAUUGUUUGUUGCUUAUUUUGGAAGGAUUUUUUAAAAAUAAUAAAACAUGAAAUUAAUUUCUUAAA